AUGGAUGGGUAAUGUUUUAAUUGUUCAUUUAUUUAGGCUACUAAUGGAGGAUCAAUAUACAUGCUAGGAGAUGCUAAUCUUUAUAUUGAAGGGUCCAAAUUUAAAUAAAAUUUGGCUUUAUCUGGCGGUGCAAUAUAUGCAAGCAGAAUAAAAGGAUUGACUAUUAUAAAUUCUGAAUUCCUAUCAAACCGAUGCACAUAAAAUCUUGGUUGCAAUGUUUAUGUAUCUUAUACUGAUAAUGGUAUUCUAAUUGACAAUACUUAGUUUGAGUCAUUAUAAAGCAAUUCAUUUUAUUGUAAAGAGACUAUCUUGAGGAUUACUAGUAGCAGAUUUUACGAUGAAUCUGUUGUGUUAAAAGAAAAUUAAAUGAUACUUUAGGAUUUUUCUGGUGGACUAUACUUGGAGGAAAUGUAUGAUAUUUCAAUGCUUGAUUUAGUUUUCAAAAAUCUAAGAGGCAAAGACGGUGGUGCAAUUUUUAUUUAAGUAUCUGAUACUUUUAAAAAGACAAACUUAUUAGAUAAACCUUAUUCUUUAACAAGAAUUUAAAUAUAGAAUUGCUUAGCUAUGCAAGGUGGAGCGAUAUAUAUUCAUAAUGUCAAAAAGUUGAAUCUGAUAGAUUCCUAAGUAAAAAAUAAUCAUGCUUUACAAAAAGGUGGUGGAAUUUAUUACUAUUGUUAACAGGAUAAGUUAAUUGAAUGUUCAUUAGAUUUAGGAGUAAGUACUCAAAUUACAGAAAAUAUUGCUGAAAUUCAAGGAGGGGGAAUCUUUUGGAACUUUCAAGAACCAAUAGGAGGAAUGGUUUAUAAAAACAAAGCAUAUCUUUAUGGCAAUAACUACUCUGGUGUCGGAUUUCAAAUAAAGCAGUAUAAUUCGAAAUCUAAUACAACACUGGAGUAAACUUAAAUUAUCGCACCCCAAUCGAGAAGUGGAGGGGAAGUAGAAGCAUUUUAUGUAGUUCUUGUAGAUAAAUACGGAGAAGUAAUGAGAUUAGAUAGCACCUCAAAGAUUUCUCUGAAUGUUAUCUCUAAGAAAAGAAACUUGAGAUAGACAAAUUUUACCACAUCAAUCAGUGGAAUCACAACAUUUUACGCAUAGAAUGGGACAUUUAAUAUUUCAGGAUUAAUAAUUUUAGGAGGGCCAAAUUAAACUUCGGAAUUUACACUUACUUCAAAUGGGAUAGACAUGAAUAUCCCUGAUAACUUUAAUACUUAUAAAACUUUGAAAGAAUAUCAGAUUUAAGUAGUCAUUAAACUAAGAUCUUGCAAAUCUGGAGAAGGCUUGUCUGAUAGUGGUGAGUGUUUUGAUUGUCCAGUAGGAUUUUAUUUGAUCGAGCCACCAUUCUUUCCAACUGAUUGCUUAGAAUGCAAUAGUGUUAAAGCAAUAUGUCUUGGAGGAGAUAGAAUAGGUCCUAAACCUGGAUUUUGGAGAAAAAGUAAUCUAACUAAUAACUUUCAAAAUUGCCCAAAAACAGAGGCUUGUUUAGGAAUGCUAGCCCCAGAUUAUAAUCCAAGAGGUGAAUGUCUCUCUUAAUACCUUGGGCCACUAUGCUCUGUUUGCAUGCCUGGCUAUUAAAAAAAUGGUGAGAUAGAAUGUAGUAGAUGUCCAGAGCUCUAUUUAAAUAUUAUGAGAAUUAUUGCGAUUGUAACUUUCCUAGUUUUUAUGAUAACUAUGAUGGUAAGAUCAAACUAUAAUUCUGCUAAUACAAAAAAGAUCCAUUCAGUUUAUUUUAAGAUAUUCAUGAAUCAUCUUCAAUUAUUGGUGCUCUGCUCUUAAUUUGACUUUCAAUGGCCUAGUUAUGUGAAGGCAUUCUUUGAUAGUCCAUCUCCAAUAGCCUCAUCCUCAGAAUAAAUUGUAUCAAUUGAUUGCUUUAUAGAUAGAAGAGAGUCAAAUACAGUUGAUAGGAAUUAGAUAAACGCAGAUUUAUAGGAAUGGAGAAUAAUCUACUCAAAAAUAACAUUUUUAUCUUUGCUACCUAUAUAUUGUGCAAUAAAUAUAGCAGCCGUCUUAUAUGUCUACUUAAAAUAUAAGAAUCUAUAUGGAGAAUUUGAGUCAUUUUUUAUGUCAACCAAUGUUGUUAUCUUCUUCUUGUUUCAUCCUACGAUUACUCAAUAUAUGAUAAAUAUGUUUAAGUAAGAGAAAAUAUUCCAUAAUUAAAUAUAGUUGUCCAAAUUAUGA